AUGGAUACUGCAGAGAAAGAUAAGAUGCUCCGCGGCGAGCUCUAUAUCGCCCUCGAUCCUCUGCUGUGCUCAGAACGAGAGCGCUGUGCUAAGGCGUGCAAUGAGUUCAACACCAACACCACCGCCACGCCACUGGAGCGGGCAAAUCUACUCAACAACAUCCUCAAACUACCCCCCGUACCCCCUUCCACAGACCUCAGCACCCUCCCCACCGUCAACCCGCCUUUCAUCGUCGACUAUGGCUACAACGUCACCCUCGGCGAGGGCAGCUUCAUAAACUUCAACUGCACUAUCCUCGACACCUGUCCCGUGCGCAUCGGCGCACGCACUCUCUUCGGCCCCGGCAUCUCCAUCUUCACCGCCUCGCACCCGCUCUCGGCCGCUGUCCGCAACGGGCUCAAGGGCCCCGAGGACGGCCGCCCCAUCGUCAUUGGCGAUGACUGCUGGUUUGGCGGGAACGUGGUUGUGCUGCCGGGUGUGACUAUCGGCGAUUGUGUGGUGGUCGGCGCGGGCGCGGUGGUGACAAAGAGUGUACCGAGUCACUGCGUGGUGGCCGGGAACCCGGCGAGGAUCGUGAAGCGCCUGGAGGGGUUUGUAGAGCCUGCGGCGGCGGCGGUGGUGGAGGCGAAGGGGAAGGAGAAGGAGGGGGAGAUGGAGAGGCUUGUUAAGAGACUCGAUGCACUGGAGGGGGAGCUGUCGGGUGUUAAGGAGGAGCUGAAAAGGCUAAGUAAGUAG